AUGAAAGUUAUAAUUAACAAUCGUUCUGAACAGUCAAAGAAAUUUCCUAUAAGUAUAGAUAUUUCAGAAAACGCGACUGCUGACCAAUUAAAAGAACUUAUUCAUAAAAAAUUUAAAACUUAUUAUCCUGAUAGACAACGUUUAACAUUUUCUCAACAACUUUUGCAAGAUAAAAAAACUUUAAAAGGUUAUGGUAUCAAAGAUGGUGAUACAAUUUUGUUUAAAGAUUUAGGACCUCAAAUUAGUUGGCGAUUGGUGUUUUUUAUUGAGUAUUUGGGCCCAUUAAUCCUACAUCCAAUAUUUUAUUAUUUUAAAUCACAAAUUUAUGGUCAAGAUUUUGAACAUAGUGAGAUGCAAAAGAUUGCCUAUUAUAUGGUUAUGGGACAUUUUAUUAAAAGAGAACUGGAAACUUUAUUUGUACAUCGAUUCUCUCAUGGAACAAUGCCAAUGUUUAAUGUCUUUAAGAAUUCAUUACAUUAUCAUUUACUUAGUGGCAUUAACCUAGCUUAUUGGGUAUAUGGACCUUGGUAUGCCAAUUCUGAACGUUAUGAAAUUUUGACUUGGUCUUGUAUUUUACUUUAUCUGUUUGCGGAAAUUUCAAAUUUCAAUACUCAUAUGGCUUUACGUAAUCUACGACCACCUGGUACUCGUGAUCAUAAAAUUCCUUAUGGUUAUGGAUUUAAUCUUGUCUCAUGUCCCAACUAUUCUUUUGAAAUUUUAGCAUGGAUUAGUAUAUGUAUUUUAACAAAAUCACUUGCAGCAUAUCUUUUUACUAUUGUUGGAUCUAUUCAGAUGUAUUUUUGGGCUAUUAAAAAACAUAAAAAUUAUCAUAAAGAUUUUAAAGAAUAUCCAAAAAAUAGAAAAGCAUUAAUUCCUUUUAUCAUUUAA